GCUUGAAAUAAUAGGUUUCUGCCUUGCCAAGUCCUUUUACGAUACUUAGCACAUCUAUGAUUGACCUGGGAUGCUCGGCUAGAUGGCGCUCUUGCUAAGGAACUACAACUCCCAGAAAGCCAUGCGGAUAAAAAGCAAGUUCAGGAUUGGCUUGGAAGUUUCCGAGGGCGGGGAGCGCGCCUAGACCCGCGCGGUUGCGGAAUUUUCCAAGCAAGACUGCUUGGUUUGCUGCAAACAUGGAUCUGAGCGAUUUUGAGCGGGACAACACAGGCAGCUGUCGCUUGAGCUCGCCGGUGCCGGAGGUCUGCCGUACCGAGGACUGCUGCCUGGGCAUCGACGAGGCCGGCCGGGGCCCUGUUCUGGGCCCCAUGGUCUACGGCAUCUGCUUUUGUCCCUUGUCCAAACUGGGCGACCUGGAGGCUCUGAAGGUGGCAGACUCAAAGACCCUGUCGGAGGCGGAGAGGGAGAGACUUUUUGGAAAGCUAGAGCAGGCCCGGGACUUUGUGGGCUGGGCCUUGGACAUUCUGUCCCCGAACCUCAUUUCCACCAGCAUGCAGAGGCGAGCCAAGUAUAACCUGAACUCCCUUUCUCAUGACACUGCUAUGGCCUUGGUGCAGUUGGCUCUGGAUCAGGGUGUGAGAGUCACUCAGGUGUUUGUGGACACAGUGGGGCCGGCUGACAAGUACCAGCAAAAACUUAAAGAGAGGUUUCCAGAGGUUGAAGUGACUGUUCGACCCAAGGCCGACUCCUUGUUCCCUGUGGUCAGCGCUGCUAGCAUUUGUGCUAAGGUUGCUCGGGACCAUGUUGUGAAGAGAUGGAAGUUUUUGGAAGACCUUGGAGACCUGAAAAUGGAUUAUGGGUCUGGCUAUCCCAAUGAUCCCAAGACCAAGGAGUGGCUGUCCCAGUGCUUGGAUCCUGUCUUUGGCUUUCCCCAGUUUGUCCGCUUUAGCUGGAGCACUGCUCAGCUCAUCCUGGAUGGACGUGCUGUACCUGUGCGCUGGGAGGACUCAGAGGAAGGGGCAGGAGGGCCACCAGCUGCUGGCAGAGGUUCUGGCACCCCCUCCCUUCUGUCCUACUUUGCCCGUACACAAGCUGCCACAGAACGACAAUCUCACCGGUUUUUCCACGAGAGGGGAUUGGAGACAGUUGCUAAUCUAUAGAAACUGUUGAAGAAAGUGGUGGAGAGGAAUAGCAGCGCCUGGCAGGGAUGGGAAGGACUGUUACUUUGUGUCUUUUUCUUCAUCUUGAUGUUAAUUUGUAAUAAAAUCUCAGGAAUAGAAAUGAA